UCACAUUCUUGAAUACAUACCAAAAACCUAAACAUCCACAAGGAGAGAGAGAGAAAAAAAAAAAAAACAUGGCCACGGCGCCUAGUCCAGCAUUAACGUUCAAAAAAAAAAAAAAAAAGCCUAGUCCAGCAUUACUAGUAGUGCUAUCACUACUACUCCACAACUUCCCCUCAUCUCUCUCCGCCGUCUCCCCCACCGCCCAACCUCUCCCGGCCGACGAAGUCCAGCACUCCCCGGCCCCCGUCCUGCCCAUCCCGAUCCUGGACACAGAAGGAAAACCCGUCAAAGCCGGGGGCAGCUACUACAUCAUCCCGGCCGCCGCCAACAACACCACCACGCACGCCGGCGGUGUAGGAACCGCCAGCCAAUCAGCCGCCUCCACGUGCCCACUCUCCGUGAUCCAGGACCGCCACGCGGACUCCAACGGCUCCCGGCUCUCGUUCCUCCCCGCGGCGGCAAAGCUCGGCUACAUCCUCCGCACCUCCACGGACCUCAACAUCCAGUUCGCGGCGACGAGGUGUGAAGAAGGCGGCGUCUGGAAGGUGGAGGAGUACGACGACGAUGACGUGGAGCGGUGGUUCGUGGGGACCGGCGGGGUGGAAGGGAAGGUGGAGGACUGGUUUAGGAUCGUGAAGUAUGGAGUCGGCGGCGGGAGUAAUUACAAGUUGGUGCAUUGUCCGGGAGUGUGCAAGUCUUGCAAGGUGAGGUGUAACGACGUUGGGGUUUUUGUCGACGAGAAUGGGGUCAGGAGGCUUGCUCUCACCGAAGACCUGCCUUUUGUGGUUAGGUUCAUGAGGGUUGAUAAUUAGGGGGAGAAAACACUAUAUAUUGGAUGAAGUUGAUUGAUCGAGUUGGUCAUGAUCUAUUGUUGGAAGAGUGUUUCUUUCUCUAUCUUGAGAUUGUUGUACUAAUUUCGAGCAUCAAUAAAUUAGAAAAAGAAGG